UCUCUCAUUAGAACCUCCAAGCUUUUCUAAGAGAAAGGGGGGGAAAAUCAAAGUAUUAUGGGGUUGUCACCUUGUUUAGUAUCAAUUUUUUGUGUAUUUUUGAAGCUUUUGGUGUUGCACAUUGUGGUUCACAAAAAUAUUACUUUUGUUCAGUCAUUUUGCCAUGAUAAUGAAAGAUCUUCCCUGUUGCAGUUCAAAGAAAGCUUUCUCAUUUACAAAUCUGGUUCUCUUUGUGAUCCCAAGGUUUUGCAAUGGAAAUCUCUUGGAGUAAAUACAAGCAAUUGUUGCUCGUGGGAUGGGGUCCAAUGUGAUGAGGAAACCGGUUAUGUGAUUGGCCUUGAUAUUAGUAGCAGUUGUUUAUUUGGCUCUAUCAACUCCAACAGCACCCUUUUCAAUCUUGUUCAUCUUCAGAGGCUUAACCUCGCUGGUAAUAACUUCAAUUACUCUCAAAUUCCUACUGCUGUUGGGAAACUUUCCGGUUUAACUUAUCUCAACCUAUCUAGUUCUUCUUUUCGUGGUCAAAUUCCAAUAGAAAUUUCACACUUGUUUAAGUUAUCACAACUAGACCUGUCUGUGAAUUCCAAUGAUAAUGUUAAGCACAAGGUUUUGGAACUUAAAAAUCCAAGUAUGAGUAGCCUACUACAAAAUUUGACCAGUCUAGAAGUUCUUGAUCUCAGUUGUAUAAACAUUUCAUCCAUAGUACCCGAUUUCCUUUCAAACUUCAAUUCUUUGAGAUCACUUUAUCUUACGAAUUGUGGGCUGCAUGGUGAAUUUCCUGCAGCCAUUUUUCAAUUGCCAAAUCUAAGAACUCUUGAUGUAGGAUCCAAUAGGAAUCUCAAGGGUUAUUUGCCUGAAUUUCACCAUAGAAGUCCUCUUAAAGAAUUGAUACUUUAUGAAAGUGGGUUUUCAGGAACCUUACCUUCUUCACUCCACAUGCUUGAUUCAUUGGAUAUAUUGGAUGCUUUUGACUGCAACUUUUCAGGGCCUAUUCCAUCUUCACUAGGAAAACUAACCCAACUUACUACUUUACAACUUGGGCAUAACAAUUUUAGUGGUUACAUUCCCUCUUCUCUUCAAAAUCUUACCCAACUCACUGCUUUAUGUCUCUUUCAUAAUCAUAUAACUGGUCCAAUCCCUCCUUGGCUAGGAAAUCUUACCAAACUAAUGAUCCUCCAACUUGCACAUAACCAAUUCUAUGGUCUAGUUCCACAGUCAUUAUCUAACCUCAUGAAUCUUGAGACUCUUUAUCUACAUACCAACAAAUUAAGUGGAGCUUUGAAAUUCGACAUAUUUUCCAGCAUGAAGUCUCUCACCGAACUACAACUAAAUGCAAAUAACUUGUCGCUGCUUUUUGAGAAGGGAAACAAAAAUUCAACAAGCUCAAAAUUCAUUCAUGUGGGAUUAGCUUCAUGCAAUUUAAGUGAAUUCCCAGAUUUUAUUAGGCACCAAAAUGAAUUGAAAGGGUUGUCACUUUCUUAUAACAGGAUAAGUGGUGAAAUGCCUAAAUGGAUGUGGAAUACAAGCUUAGACACUUUGGCCUUCUUCUCCAUUCGCAACAAUUUCCUUACAGGCUCUCAACCUGCCAUUAUUCCUUGGGUUAAUUUGAAGACGUACAUUGUUGCAUUUAACAUGUUGCAAGGAGCACUACCAAUUCCUCCACCAUCCAUUAUUGUUUAUACUGCAUUAAAUAACAUGCUAAGUGGAGAAAUCUCACCUGUGUUUUGCAAUCUGAGCUCUCUCUACUUUCUUGAUUUGUCUGGUAACAACUUGAAUGGUAUGAUUCCAAAGUGUAUGGGAAACUUAAGCAGUUCUUUGUAUGUGUUGGGUUUAAGAAACAACUUCUUUCAAGGCAGCAUUCCUGAAAUAUGCGGCAAUAAUGCAAGUAACUUGAAAACAAUCGAUCUAAGCUAUAAUAAGUUGCAGGGGAAGCUACCACGAUCACUAUCCAAUUGUAUGAUGCUUGAAGGUAUUGUUGUCUCGAACAAUCAACUCAGAGAUGUUUUCCCAUCUUGGUUGGGAUCCCUUCCUGAGCUGAAGAUUCUCACACUGCAGCAAAAUGAGUUCUACGGCAUAAUUGGUAAACCCGAGAACUACUUGGAGUUCCCCAAGUUGCAAGUGAUUGAUAUCUCUUUCAAUAGUUUCACAGGUGAGUUGCCAUCUCAUUACAUUUUCAGCUGGAACGCUAUGAAGAAUAUCAACCCCAAACCGUUCACAUAUUUGAAUGUGAUGUUUAACUAUACUGUUUCAAAGAUUGAUUGGGCCCAAGUCGAAAUUCGUCAUCCAAUCACGAUUACAUCCAAAGGGGCGAAGAGAUAUUAUGGAGCCGUCCAAGAUAUCUUUACUUUUAUUGAUAUGUCCAGCAAUAGAUUUGAAGGAGAAAUUUCUGAACUGUUUGGGAACUUAGAGGGCCUUUACUCAUUAAACCUGUCAAACAAUAUGCUCACUGGUUGCAUACCAUCGUCUUUAGGGAAUUUAACAGUGCUUGAAUCAUUGGACCUUUCUCAAAACAAUCUCUCAGGAGAGAUCCCUGAACAACUAAAGCAACUUGGAUUCCUUGGAACCUUCAAUGUAUCUCAUAACAACUUUACAGGACGUAUACCUCAAGGGAACCAAUUUAAUGCAUUUGACAGCAGUUCAUUUGCGGGAAAUCCAGGAUUGUGUGGUGAUCUGUUGCUUAAGAAAUGUGGUGAUUUAGAGCCUCUAUCACUGCCACCUUCAGUUUUUGAAGAAAAUGAUGAUUCAGAGUCUUUAUUCGAAUCAGUUUGGAAAGUGGUGUUGAUAGGAUUCAUAAGUGGGUUAGUUGCUGGAGUAGCUCUUGGCGACAUGGUGAUCAUAAGGAGGCAUGGUCGGUCAGUUAAGAUGCAUUGCAAACGGAGAAGACAGAGGACAUAUCAAAGAACUCGAAGAUAGAAGGCUGUGGGAACUCUCUCUGCUAUGUUUGUUAGUUUUUUUUUUUUUUUCCUUGUUUACUGUAUGUGUACACUUGCUUCGGUUUUGAACUUUUUUUUUUUUUUUUUUUUUUUUUUUUGGGGGGGGGGGGGGCUGUG